CAGAAGCCAUUUCUCUUUUCCCUUCCGUCAAAUCUCCUCAGCUGAAGCGUUAGCAUUAGCACUCGACCUGCUUUAGACGCUGCAUCAUGUCUACACUGCUCAGAGGAUUCGCCCGAAUCCGCUCAGCUCCGGCUCUGCGGGGGACAGGCAUCACCCAGCGGGCGAACAUCACAACAAAACCCGCAAAAGAUGUUCUGGGACCAGCUGAGACAGCAAUUGGUCUUGGGGUGUUUGCCAUGACCAUCCUGGUUCCAUCCGGUUGGGUCCUGGCUAACCUUGAGAGCUACAAAAAUAAAGGGGCCUGAAAAAGAAGUCUAGGAUCAUUUCCUUCAAACCCAUACUGGGACCACUGAGCACCUCUCCUUCACAAGGCAGUUUACCUUCUCAUUCGCAUCAAUCUCUAAAACAAAUGAACGAUGUCUGCAAAAUGACUUGUAAUAAUUGGUCUUGCGGGUCUUCUUAUGGAUGAUGUUACACUCUUCUGUCUUAAAAAUAAAAAUGUUAUUUAACUCUUAA